GGAAUGGAAUCCCAGCCCUUUGUAAAUCUGAAGUUUGAAACGGAUUACUUUGUAAAGAUUGUUCCUUUUCCUUCCAUUAAAAAUGAAAGUAAUUACCACCCAUUUUUCUUCCGAACUAGACCAUGUGAAUUAUUGCUACAGCCAGAAAACCUUGUCUGCAAACCUUACUGGAAGCCAAGGAAUUUGAAUGUUACCCAGCAGGGUUUUAACAUGCAAGUGUCCUUUGAUCAUGCACCUCACAACUUUGGGUUUAGAUAUUACUUUCUUCACUACAAACUUAAGCAUGAAGGGCCAUUUAAGCAAAAGACCUGCAAACAGGAGCAAAACACAGAUACUACAAGUUGUAUUCUUCAGAAUGUAUCUCCAGGGGAUUAUAUAAUUGAGCUGGUUGAUGACACUAAUACAACAAGGAAAACAAUGCACUAUGCGCUAAAACCAGUACAUUCUCCAUGGGCUGGACCGAUAAGAGCUAUUGCCAUUACAGUCCCUUUAGUUGUCAUUUCAGCAUUUGCAACGCUUUUCACAGUGAUGUGCCGCAAGAAACAGCAAGAAAAUAUCUAUUCCCAUCUAGAUGAGGAGAGCUCAGAAUCUUCAGCAUAUGCUGCAGGUCUCCACGUGGAAAGACUUCGUCCCCGGCCAAAAGUGUUCAUCUGCUAUUCCAGUAAAGAUUGCCAGAAACACAUUAAUGUCAUCCAGUGCUUCGCUUAUUUUCUACAGGACUUUUGUGGCUGUGAGGUCGCUCUAGAUUUGUGGGAAGAUGUAAAAAUUUGUAAAGAAGGUCAGAAAGAGUGGCUUAUUAAAAAAAUAAACGAGUCCCAGUUUAUCAUCAUUGUGUGUUCCAAGGGAAUGAAAUACUUCAUUGAAAAAAAGAACUGGAAACACAGAGGGGUAACCAAAGAUGCAGGGAAAGGAGAACUCUUUCUGUUUGCUGUGUUGACUGUUGCAGAGAAGCUUCGUCAAGCAAAGCAGAAUUCGAAUGACCUCUGCAAGUUCAUCGCAGUCUACUUUGAUUACUCCUGUGAAGGAGACAUCCCUGGUAUUCUGGAUCUAAGUACAAAAUACAAACUCAUGGAUAAUCUCCCUCAGCUGUAUUCACAUUUACACUCCAGAGAUCUUAGUGUACAGGAUUCAGAGGUGUUUCCUGUUAACAUUAGUAAAAGGAAUUAUUUCAGGAGCAAAUCUGGGAGGUCCCUCUAUGUUGCCAUUUGCAAUAUGCAUCAGUUCAUUGAUCAGGAACCAGACUGGUUUGAAAAACAAUUUAUUCCCUUCCCUCCACCUUCUUUACAUUACUCGGAGCCUGUCAUGGAAAAAUUUGAUUCAGGCUUGGUUUUAAAUGACUUAGUGAAUAAACAGGUGAUGGAUGGCGAUUUUUACCUGAAAACAGAUGUAAAUAUUAUUUCAGCUGGGAAUUCAGACUCUCACUGUAUAAUUCAGCACUUAAACCUUGGAGAAGAAAUAGAAACUCAGGACAUUCAAGGUGGUGGCAGCUCUGUUCUUCACCCAUUGUUACAUGUUGUUAAAGCUUCAAAUCUUAAAGAUAUGCCUCGAGAUUCUGGAAUCUAUGAUACAUCUGUUCCUUCAUCUGAAUUGUCUUUACCUUUAAUGGAAGGACUAUUGGCAGACCAAAUUGAAACAUCUUCUGUUGCAGGAAGUGUUUCUUCAUCGUCAGGUUUAGGUGAAGAAGAACCUCCUGUAAUCACUGCUACAAAAUUCUUAGUGCCUGGAAUAUGUAAAGCAGAACUUCACUGCCAUAUCCAUACUGAUGAACUGCAGGCAAUUGCUCCUUUAUAA